AUGAAGAUGGCGAAGUUUGUGCUAUUGGCAACGACUUCGGCUGCGCUAGCGUCGCCGUGCACGACCACCGACCUCUCGCCGCUUACGACGUACCUCGCGGCCCAGACGAGCUACUCAGGCUGCACUGCUCUGAGCCUCGUCGACUUCUUCACGACGACCGCGGUGCCUGCCAAGGACGACGUAAUCACCUUCCAGUCGUCGACGUACUGCAAGGAUUUGUACGACAAGUUCCAGGCCGUGCCCGGCCCGGCGUGCUCGCUUUGGGGUCUCAACUAUGCUGACGCAAGAACGCUCCCGUUCAAGACGCUUUAA